AUGGAUCACUGUUCGCCAGAAGGGCAUCUAGACUACGAUAUUAUAAUCAUCGGGGCGGGUAUCUCUGGUAUAAACACCGCAUACCGUAUACAAUCUGAGCUUCCCAAUUGCAACUAUGUCAUCCUUGAAGCCAGGGACGCACUGGGAGGCACUUGGGACUUCUUCCGGUACCCAGGGAUCCGAUCAGAUUCCGACUUGUUCACCUUUGGAUUCUCAUGGUAUCCGUGGCCGUGGGAGAACCCGAUCGCAGAGGCCUCCUCCAUUAUACAGUACAUGAAAGAGGCAUCUGAGUCCGUCGGCAUUGACAAGCAUAUCCUCUACCAACGCAAAGUCACCACAGCGUCGUGGAACUCCUCAGACCAAACGUGGAGGCUUCAAGUGAGCUAUACCGGCCAUCCUGAGCCAACGACGUUUAACGCCCGUUUCAUUGUCCUUGCAACUGGAUACUAUGACUACCACCAGCCCCUCGCGAGCCAAAUUCCCGGCCUAGAGAAGUUCACAGGCCGCGUGAUUCACCCCCAAUUCUGGCCCGAAGACUUUGACUGCACGGACAGAAAAGUGGUCAUCAUCGGUAGCGGCGCAACCGCCAUCACACUGAUCCCGAAACUAGCGGAGAAAGCAGAAAAGGUGACCAUGCUCCAACGAAGUCCGUCAUACAUCAUGUCUCUGCCAAAUAGCAGAGCCAUGAUCUGGUUGGGACAGUUCCUGCCUAGCGCUCUCGCAAGCAAGAUGGCGCGUUUCCGCAAAAUCCCCAGCUCUCGGAUGUUCUUUCUUUUCUGUCGUGCGUUUCCCACCACGGCACGAUGGCUCCUACGUCGUGCCACAACCAGACAGCUGCCGAAACAUAUUUCUCACGACCCCCAUUUUAACCCGAAGUAUAACCCCUGGGGUCAACGACUGUGUAUCAGCCCUGACGGUGACUUCUACGCCGCUUUGCACACGGGGAAAGUGGAUGUGGUAACGGAUACUAUUGCCGAAGUCCGGGAGACUGGAAUCACAAUAGAUUCUGGAGCUGUGCUCAAAGCUGACAGCAUUAUCACCGCCACUGGGCUAAAGUUGCAAUUCGGGGGUGGUAUCAAGAUCCUCGUCGAUGGGAAAAGCUUCGACAUGUCCCAGAAGUUCCUGUGGCGAGGAACCAUGCUGCAGGAUCUUCCGAAUGCUGCACUAGUUAUUGGGUACACCCAUGCGUCAUGGACUUUGGGAGCAGAUACAACGGGUAUAUUGAUUAGCCGGCUUCUAAGGGACAUGGAAAGAAGAGAUAUGGGGGUUGCUGUUCCCCGUCUCCAGGACGGGCUGAAAUUGGAUCCAUGUCGGCUGUUGGACUUGAACUCGACCUACGUCAAUGUGGCAGAGCGGAAUUUGCCCAAGGCCGCCCUCCAAGCUCCGUGGAGACCCAGAAACAGUUAUCUUUCUGAUCUGGUGUUUGCGAAUUACGGGAGGUUAGAUGACUCAUUGGAGCUGGUGAAGACUCGUGGUUCGAGGGUCAACAGUAAAUAG